AUGCCCCAGAUCUACCCCCUUCCUGGAGAAGAUUUUCGACCUGCUUCUCCCUUCCCUCGAAGAGAUUCUGCACAAAGCCCUGUUCGACCACAGACGCCUUUGUCCAAAUCACAACCCCUCACGAACCCUCUGGUCCACUGUCCAAUGCCCAAACGAUACCAGCCUCAGCUAUCCGCCAACAUUGAGAAAGGAGCAAUACCGGACACCUUCGACCAGUCCGUGUGCUAUCGACAUGGUCGCAAGCUCAAGCCUAGGCAGAGCAUGCCAGCAGGCAUGGACAAAACUUUCAGCGGUGCGUAUGUUCCUACUGGGCCUUCAAUCAGACAACAAGUCGAUCCUCUGAGCCCUUGGGCUAUUGGUAGACGUCUUGCUAAGACCAGUGGAACAACAGUCUCCCCUGAUAUCUGCCCCGAUUGCCUUGCCGAGGAAGACAUCAUCAAGCGAGAGUCUCGAAUCGACGCUCAUGCUCCCCAGGCCCCGGCAAACCACCUUACUCGCUCUGCAAGCAGCUCUGUUUUCACCGAGCGUGGAACUCCACCUGAGUCUGAUCAGCCGUCUAAUGUGCUCGUCGGAACUACCCUCGACAAUCAAACAGUCAAAAUACCCGGAGCCACCGUCUCCGACUUACCCCCUGACAAGUUCGGUGGCAUCGUCGCAACUGAUCUCGGUAACAUGAUAGACGCCAUCAUCGUCGAGCACAGUGGCAGCCUAGGCAAAGUAAUCUCCAACAUCCGCAACGGUAUGCCAGAUAGUGAUUGGACCCAAAGGCUUUCGCGCGACCUUGCUAAGGUUUCGGAAGCGGUAGCAUCCCUCCCAGAAGAUGACAUCAAUCACACUCCUGCUUUCUCUCGGAACAUCAACGGCCGGCGAUCAAUCAUACUCGAUGCUUCACCCGACUCUCUUCGCAAGCGAGCAAAGACUAUGCCUGAACUUCUCGAUCUGAUCGACGCUGCAACCGAAGAGUUUGGCUUGACAAGCUCAGACAGCGGCAAGCAAGAGUUCAACAUGGACCUUCAACACAUGCCGGGUGAUUUUCCACACAGUCCGAGUACUUUCCCACCUCAAGCCAUAACACCAUUCGCUGUCCGUCACUCCGCUCCAUCUACCCCCGCAGCUUCCGUGUCACCGUUCCCAUCACCUCAGUCACUUGGAUCGGCCCCCAUACCUGAGCCACCAAGAACAGCAUAUCAGGCCCGUGGUGUAGAGCCUUCGCUACCGGAGGCAGACGAAGACGAAGCAACUCUGGUAGAGCCUGAGAUAAUGCUCCAGAGCACUAACGAACCACCGAGCCGUAACCAAGCCACAAUCGUUCCUGUCGAGGCACCAUCGACCCAGCAGCGGAGUCGAAUUCCAAAAGCUACCACGAUACCAUUGACCAGAUCUCUGCAUGCAUCGUUGGAUACACUACGUUCGAGUCCGGCUAGACCGAAGCCCAGCAUGGUGGCCAAACAACAGCAACAGCAGCGGACGUUCCAGCAAGGAUGGUUGAGGGAGGCAGCAGUCGCCGAACGGUCAGAAAGACGGUCGAGGAGCAGGGGUGCGCACCGUAUAUAGAGAUCGAUGUUAUGUGAUAGGGUCAAGGCUUCCCU